AUGGGCCGGUUCCUGCUUUACAGUCUUCUAUCUUCUCUCUUUUUAUUACCCAGUGUCUUCGCCCAAUACAAUGCAGUCUCAAGCAUCCAGUCGCUGGCGUUGACCGUCGCCUUCAUCCUACCUGCCGUAUCAGCAUAUGUCAUUCCAAUUCCAGACUCCAAGAAGCGUGAUGCUGAGCUGGAAGUCCGAGAGACUGCCAGUAUUCGUGCCGGUGCCAGUGCCGCUGUUCAGACUGUUACCGUCUCCAACGAGGCCGGUGCCACUGCCGCCACUGCCUCUGGAGCUUCUGUUACGGUAACAGAAAGUGUUGACACAGCUGCGGAGGUGGCAGCAACGACUCUAACAGUGGUCAAUAACGCUGGUAUUACGGAAACUGUGACCCAGCUCGCUGCUGCUGAAGAGACUGCGGCCAAUGAUGCCACUGCUGUGGCCAUCGCUGCAGCGGAGGGAGCCGCAGCAGAAGUCAAGGCCAAAGCCGCAGCCGAAUUGAAUGGCAACGUUAAGGACGUCAAAAAUCAAUGCAUUGCUGCCGCCGUGAAGGCUGCAACUGAUGCUGCUGCAGGCGUUGAAGCCGCCGCUCUGGCCGCCAACGCGACUGCUGCUGCGGUGGUCGAAGCCGCGGCUGCAACCGCGAAUGCUACUGCCACCGCCGAAUUUGAUACCGCCACUGCCGCGGCCGCCACCGCUAGCGCUCUAGCAACCACAGCAGCGGCUGAGAAGGAAGCAGCCGCUGCAGACGAAGGUAAACCCAGAUUCACUGCUUCUGAGGAUGCCGCAGACGCAGCUACUGCUGCCACCGCCGCCACAGCUGCGACGACCGAAGCAGCUGCUGCCACUGCCGCCACAGCUGCAGCAACCAAAGCAGCUGCUACUGCUGCGGGCACUGUAAAUGCUGCCGCUAAUGCUGCCGCAAACGCCACUGCAGCUGCAGAGCUAGCGGCAGCAAAUGCAAAUGCGACCGCACUUGACGCUGUGGUUGUAGAGUCUAUCGCUACACAGUGCGAAGCACAAGUUGCUGAGGUUGAGGCUGUCAUUGCCGGCGACGCUAAUGUCGCCCAGAACAAUCAGAACAACCAAAAUCAAGGCAACAAUAACAACAACAAUGGCAAUGGCCGAGGAAAUCGCAAUGGAAAUGGCAACGGAAACGGAAACGGAAACGGAGGAGGUAACCGUGGUGGAAAUGGAAACCAGCAGGGAGGUGCUGGAGGUCAAAACAUCAACGACGUCCUCGAACAAGCUCUUGACAUUCUUGGAAGCGUAGCCGGACAGGAUGUGACUGUUGUCGGUGUCGGUGCUGGUGCUGGUGCUGGUGCCGGCAAUGGACGGGGCCAAGGAGGCGGGGCAGGCAAUGGCCGCGGCCCUGGUAACAAUGCAGGACCAGGACAGCAAGGACGGGGAGCUGGUGCCGGAGCCGGUCCACGAGGCAAUAACAAGCGUGACGUCAACAGCACACCCUACAAUGUUGUGCGCCGCAGCUUGAGGUCAGAGUAUGUCGGCAAGGCAUACUAG